AGAAGAAGAACACAUCUUAAGCCUAGUCAAGUUGCCGUAUUGCAGGAAACAUUUGUAACCAAUACACUUCCGGAUGCUGCCAUGCGAGCUCAGCUUGCGCAGGAACUCGGAGUAUCUGAACGAACUGUCCAAAUCUGGUUUCAGAAUCGACGAGCAAAGGCCCGCAAA